UGUUCAUUGGGUCAUUCUUCUCAUGGGCUUCCCGACGUCAUUCAUGCAAUCAGCAUCGUGAUGUAUGUUGAGCUUUGAAUACCAACGAACGGCAUGGAAUUAUUCAAUCUCCGGCGCAUCCAUCGAGCAUAGCAAACCCCAGCAAACUUCCGCGCACCUUGGAGAACCCGAAUCCGAAACCCCUGUAGGUACUCAGGCACCAAUGGCACCAAUGGCGCCAAUAAGUGGAUUUCCCAGCGGUAGGCGACCGGUCCGCAACCCCACCACAGGCCUCUUCAGCGCGCAAUAGGUAC